GUGAAGUCGUGGUGAGCGGCUGAGGGAAGACAGGAAUUUCCUUUUGCGAGUGGCGGCGAGGUUGGAGAGGGCGCCAUGAAGGCCUCUGGCACACUGCGAGAGUACAAGGUGGUGGGGCGCUGCUUGCCUACCCCCAAAUGCCACACGCCACCCCUCUACCGCAUGCGGAUCUUUGCACCUAACCACGUUGUCGCCAAGUCCCGCUUUUGGUACUUUGUAUCUCAGCUAAAGAAGAUGAAGAAAUCUUCAGGAGAAAUUGUCUACUGUGGGCAGGUGUUCGAGAAAUCCCCCCUCCGGGUGAAGAACUUCGGCAUCUGGCUUCGCUACGACUCCCGCAGCGGGACCCACAACAUGUACCGGGAGUACCGGGACCUGACCACCGCGGGUGCCGUCACCCAGUGCUACCGGGACAUGGGCGCCCGGCACCGCGCCCGGGCCCACUCCAUCCAGAUCAUGAAGGUGGAGGAGAUCGCGGCCAGCAAGUGCCGGCGGCCGGCCGUCAAGCAGUUCCACGACUCCAAGAUCAAGUUCCCGCUGCCCCAUCGGGUCCUGCGUCGUCAGCACAAGCCGCGCUUCACCACCAAGAGGCCCAAUACCUUCUUCUAGGUGCGGGGCCUCCCCGGGGCUGCUCAAAUAAACUCGAGAGCGC